AGCGGAAGUCGGUGUUCAACAUGACCCACGCACGUAUUAUCCUGGCUGACGUCGGAAUCUCACCAAGCAGGUAAGGUGGGAGCUGGAAGACGAGAGGAGCAGCAGGAGCACCACUUCUCAUCGGACCCGGCAGCGGUAACCCGGCUAGUCUGCUGCCAAAAUGUUAUCCGAAGGAGGCUCUUUCAUGAAGGGGGUGGUCCUGGGAGGCCUUUUCUGCUUGGUGCUGUCUCUCCUGGGUAGUUUCAGCCCCGGCACGGAGUCUAGGACAGAGGAUCAUCAUCAUCAUCACGUCAAGGCCCCGAGUGAUGAUGAGCUACAACGCCUCUCCGACACCCGGGUGCAAGAGUUGAGCAAUCAAGUCCGGGUUUCUUGCAUCAUCAUGGUCCAGCCCAAGAUCCUUGUUUAUUGGGCUACAGCUGUCGACACCUGGAGCAAACACUGUGAUAAGGCUGUGUUUUACACCUCCGAGUCAUCUAAGGCGCUCGAUGCAGUAGACCUGAAUGAAAAAGAUGACUGGGCGAGGUUACGUAAAGCUCUGAAACAUGCUUAUGAGAACGCCGGAGACCUGCGCUGGUUCUUUGUCGCACAACCCACCACGUUUGCCAUCAUAGAGAACCUCAAAUACCUGGUGCUCACAAAGGAUCCCAGCGAGCCCUUCUACCUGGGCAACGCUAUGAAGUCAGGGGAGCUUGAGUAUGUGUUGUACGAUAGCGGCAUUGUCCUAAGCUAUGAGGCGCUGAAAAGGCUAGUGCAUGUGUUCCAGGAUGAAGACAAGUGUCCAGAAAGAGGACGUGCCCUGUGGAAGCUGAGCGAGGACAAGCAGCUGGCCGUGUGCCUCAAAUAUACGGGUGUCUACGCAGAGAACGGAGAAGACGCACACGGAAAGGGCCUGUUCAACAGCAAGAGCGUGGACAGCCUGAUAACGGACAGCAUGAGGGACAAUCCCACCAAUGUAGUGGAGGGCUGCUGCUCCAACAUGGCUGUCACGUUCAACGGGAUGUCACCGAAUCAAAUGCAGGUUAUGAUGUACGGAGUUUACAGACUUCGUCCUUACGGCCACGACUUUCACGACUCGUUAAUGUUUCACCCUCCUGAAGGUUCAGAUAAUGAUUAGACUCAUUCCUUCAAGCUGAGUGUGGCAUUUUAAAAUUUUUGCUUCUAUGAUGGCAAACCUAACUUCGGGGAGAUGGUUUUCUUAUGCUGUUUGUAAAACUGGAUCCUGGGUGGGAAUAACACUUUUAUAUAAUUUGUACAUUUUGCACUUGGCACAAUCAGCACCCCGUUCCUUUGUGUAGGUUAACAGAGUCGAUGGGUGUGCCUUUCUCUUGAAUGAAGAUGGAGCUGGGAAAUCAAACGAGUGACAUGAGACAAGAUUAUAUGGAAGGAUUGUUUACUGUAAUAUUGUUAUGUAUCUUAAAUGUUUGUCUUUUUGUGGUCUUAAAGCUGCAUUCAAGUUAUUAGGUGAUACUGUUUUUUGAAAAUGUUUCUGAAAUUAUUUAAUUAUUAACAUUAUAAAGAACUUCUUUUUUAUGUCUGAGAAUACUUCACCCAACUGAUUUAAAGAUUGUAUGGACGCACCAAUAAUCAAUAUUGAGUCAAACAUAUCGCAGCAUUCCUUGUCCGAUUAUGCUUGGUUAUCUCUACAUGUGGAAUUGGCCUUCACAGCGAAAUGAAAAAUAAUAUACCUCAGUGGUGACUUGAUUAAAAAAAGACAAAAAAAAGACUUUUGGAUAAUAAAAAUGAAUUUCUGAUUAAACUUAUUGGUUUUGUGGUGUUGAAUGAUCCAACAUGGACGGUUAAAAAGUGGGAAUGAGGAUGAAAGUGUGUCUACGUGAAAAUCAUACAGAAGAGAGCUGGUAGCUUUCCAGGUGUAUAUCUUGUCAAGCAUACUGUGAAUAAUUUUGGGAUAUAUUUGUACAGUUAAAGGAGUACUUUAGGCUCAACUUUUUUUUUUUAUAUAUAUAUAUAUAGAACUGUAAAUGUAUUCUUCUGCAGAUAAAAUGUGGCCACUGUUUUAUAUUCUGCUUUGAUUAUAAAGGACACUGGUGACCACCAUCUUGUUGCAUCUGAACACACAAUGUACAUUAAUGUUUUGUUGCUGUUGGGUAAGAAAAUAAAAUAUUGUGGUUCUAAUUGA